AUGCCCCAGCUUCUCUUCACUCGAUCCGUCUGCUGCUUCCACUUCUGGGCAGACAUCACCCCUCACCCCAGUGAGCCAGUGUCCACUCAUGGGGAAAUGAACCACGCAGGAGAUGUUUCCUUCAGGGUGGAGUUCCGCAUCCUGCCAGCUGCGGACGAGAUGCCGUGGGCACGGCGCGUUGGCAGUGGCAGGGCAUCAACAGGCCUGUUUCAUUGCAGAAGAGAAGUCCGGAACCAUUACGCGGCCGAGGCUGGAGCCCAGUCGAGCUUCUUUCGAGUGUGGCCGAAGAAGACGUACCGUGGGCAUGUCCCCAACACGGUGUUUUCCUUUGGCGACACCUACGGGAACACCACUCUGAAAUACUUCCAGGAUUUCCGCAAUGCUGCCAUGGAGACCAGCCGCUGCCCCUACAGCAAAGGCGGCCAGUUCCCCACCCUCUUCUCGCCCGACCCUGGCUUAGUGCUGGGGUGCAGGGCGCGGGGCUGGGACAGGUGGCUGCACGCCCCUUCCUAUUCCCGCUUCAACUUGGAUUUCAACCGCUCCGAAGAGCUGAAGGAGUUUUACAAGCUCUCCCAGAGGCACCGCGAGCAUUACCGCGACAAGACCGGGACAGAGCAUGUGGUUCCCUACUUUGUGCUGCCGGUCAAGGAGAAGGACAAGUACCCCCACCCUCUUGAUCUCCCGCCUCUGAGCGCGAAGACCCAAUGGCAUUUAUUCCGCGUGUCUCCAGAGAAUCUGCGGACGUACCAAACCUUCCCCUCAGGGAAGAGGGUGACCGCCCAGGAGAGAGAAGUCAGAGACAGCUAUUUUGAGUACAGAGCAUGA